AUGGUAUUAAAAAAGAGAAAUGUAAAUAAUAAAAAUACACAAUUAAAACCUUAUUAUAAUAAAGCUUAUGUUAAAGAUACAACACAAAUGAAUGAAUAUAAUGAAGAUUACAAAAAAGAGGAAAAGAACGAAACAAGAAUAGAUAAUUGUAGAAAAAAAAAAUUAUAUGAGUUAUCAAAAGUAAUAAAUAUAAAAAACACAAAAAAACACAAUUGUUUUGAGUUUAAUGAAAAAAUAAUAAAUUCAAAAAGCAAAUUAAAAAAAAAAAUAAUUAGUGAUAGCAGUUGUAGUGAAGAUAAUACAAUAAAAAAAAAUUUUUUUGUCGAAAAAAUAAAAUAUGAAAAUGAUUUUGAUGAUGAUAAAAAUAUAUUUUCAUCUAAUAAUGUAGAAAAUUCCUUUAAUGAAGAAAACGAGGUUAGUAACACAAUAAUCACGGAUAAAAAUUAUAAUGAAGAUUUACAAAUUAACAAAAAUUUCUGUUCAAAAAAAUAUAUAAGUAAGGAUUUUGUAAAGAAUAAUGAUAGCACAGAAAUGUGUAAUGAAGAAGAUGAAAGUAAAUUAUUAUUCAGUUUUAUUAAAGAUAAUAUUAAAAAUGAUAUGGCAGACAAAACUUUAUGUGAAAGCAGUAUUAAUCGAAAUAAUAUAAAAACAUAUCAAUGUAAUAAAAACUCUUCAAAUACAAAUAGUUUUGAUGAAACUCAUAUGAAUAAAAAUAAUUAUGAUAAAAUAAAUUCAAAUGUUAAUCUUUUUAGUGAAAAUGAGUCAAAUGAAAAUAAUUUAAGAAAAACUGAAAGUGAUGUAGAUUUUAGAUUUAGUGGAAAAAAAAAAAAUAAAAAAAAUAAAAUAAUAUCAAGUAGUGAAAAUUCUAAAUAUAUUUCUGAUUAUUCAAAUUUAUAUGAAAAUUCUCAUGAGACAGAUCUGUCUUAUGAUAAUUCAGAUGGAAAAAAAAAAACUGAUGAAUAUGCAUUACAUUUAAAGAUAUUUAAUGAACAAAAUUUAGACGAUGAUUACUUUAGCUUUAAUUCUUUAAGUAUAAAAAAAUCUAUUAGAUUGUAUAUUGAAUUUAUUACUUUAUCUCUACUAUCUCCAAACUUUCAGUAUAAGGUUAAUUACUUUAAGGUUUCUGAAAAUACUAAAAAAGUAGUAGAGUUAUUAAAAUUAAAUUAUUCAAACAUUCAUAAAGAAUUAGAAAAAAAAAAAUUUCUUGAAGAAUAUUAUAAUAAGUCAGAUAGUACAACAGAAGGGCUAAAAAAUAACAAAAAAAAAAAAAAAAAAAAUCUAAAAAGAUUAUUUGAACAUGACUCUGAUAGUCAAAAAAACAAAGAGUCAUAUAAUCAAAGCCAUUUUAGUAAUUUUAUGUUAAAUCAAGAAAAAAUGAAAAAAAAAAAAAAAAAAAAAUAUAUUAUAAGUGACGGUAGUUCUCUAUCAAAUAUUGAAUAUUCAUAUAAUAAAAAAAUUAACUUAAAAGAUGAAAAUAAUCUAAAUAUGAAUAACAGCGAGAAAUCGAUAGAAGAAAAUUAUAAUGAAAAAUUUGAAAUUAAAAAAUUAGAAAAAGAUAAAAAAGAAGAAAUAAAAGAAAAGAAGCAACAACAUAGACAGAAAGUAGAAUAUGAUUAUGAAAUAGAAAAAGAAUAUGAGGAUGAUGAUGAGAAGGAAGAUGAUAAUGAUGAGGAUGAAAAUGAAGAAGAUGAUAAUGAUGAGGAUGAAAAUGAAGAAGAUGAUAAUGACGAGGAUGAGUAUGAAAAUGAUGAAGAAGAUGAGAAUGAGGAUGAGAAUGAUGUUGAGAGCGAAGAUAAAGAAUAUGAAUAUGACAUAUUUGGAAAUUCUAAAAAAGAAAAAGAGUAUUCAUAUAAUAAUAAAAUGAACUUUAAAAAAAAAAUAAUGAAAGAUAUUAAUGACAGUUUUAUGUAUAAUAUUUUGAAUGAUGAAAUACUAAAAAUUUAUGAGUUCUUAAAGAAUGAAGAAAAGUUUAGUAAUUACGAUUUUUUAAAAAUGAUUUGUAAAAUAAGUAAAAAUAAAUCAAAAAAUUAUUAUGAUCGUUGUAUCCAAAAAAUUGAAAAUAAAAUUUUAUCAAAAAGAGAUCAAUUCGAGUCCCAUCCUUUUCAAACUAGUUUUAAAAAUAUUUUAAAAAAUUAUGCAAAUAUUUUUAUUUUUUACCUAGAAUAUAAUAAAAUAUGUUGCUCUUGUUGUAAUAGAAAACUAACUUAUGCUUGUCCUGUUUUUUUUAUUAAGCCUUUUUAUAAUUCAGCUGAUUUAUGGAAUAAUUGCUUUUUUAACUUUAUGAGAGUAAAUAACUUUGGAUGGUUAGGGAAAUUGUAUUUCAAUAACUUUUCUAACCCAAUUGAUAUAUUGAAAAAUGAAGAAAAUGAUGAAUUAAAAAUGAAAAAAAUUAAAGAGUCAAAUAAAUUAUUUAUAAAAAAUCAGAAUGAGAAAAGAAAAAAAGAUUUUUUACAAAUUAAUAAAUCUAAUUCUAACAACGCCACAGUUUUGCAGAAUGAAAAAUAUAUUCUUAAUCAUAUAAAAGAAAGUGAAAAUUUUAACUCAUAUAGAUAUACUAAUAUGAUUGAAGGAAGACGUUUAAAAAAAAAAAGAAAAGAAUUGAAUUUUAAUAAUUUUUAUUUUAAAGGUGAGCGUGAAGAAAAUAGUAUAAAUUUAAUCAUGGAGAAUAUUUGUGAAAAUUUUUGCAAUUUAUCAGAAAAUUACAUUGAAAAAGAUAUUUUAGUUUUACAAUUGGGUUCUUAUUGUGUCUCUUCUGUAUAUUAUUGGCAUGUGUUUCACCAUUAUAAAUUUUUUAUUACUAAAAUUAUUUAUAUAACAUCAUUAGGUUUAUACAAGAAAAAUAAAGAUUUAUUUAAAGAACCAUUAUUAUUAGCUUACGUAAUAUCCAAAAAAUUGUAUAAGAAAUUAUAUGAAGAUUUUAAAGUUCUCAUGAAUAUAGAUAUUUCGCAAAUUAAAAAUAAGUUAGAUGAAUGUGAUCUAUUUAUUAAAUAA